AGCAUCGUUUUUAUAUUCUCAACUCGUCUUUUGUUUCUUUAUUCAGUUAAAGUGCAAAUUUCGUACGAUCAAGUUCGGUACCAGUUUCAAGAGUUUUCGAUCAAAUUUUACCAAUAUGCCCGCAAUUGAACUUGAAACCCAAGAUAAAUUAGACUACACAUGGUUGCCUGCUGGACCUGAAGGUAUUGUCUUUAGAGUGCGUGCAGCUAACGAUGCUCAUAUUGCCUUGACAUCAUCUGAAGGAUUAUCAAAUCCUAUGAUUGAAGUGAUCAUUGGUGGUUGGGCGAAUUCCAAAUCAGCAAUUCGUAAAAAUCAAGCAAGACCAGAUGUUUUUGAGACACCAACACCAAAUAUUUUGGACGCAAAUGAAUUCCGAGGUUUUUGGAUUCGUUGGUCUAACAAUUACAUCACUGUUGGAAGGGAAAACGAAGCUGCACCGUUCAUGUCGUACUCCAAUCCUGAUUCAUAUCCAAUCAAUUACGUUGGAAUUUGCACGGGAUGGGGAGCUUCUGGAAGUUGGAUAAUUGAAGCGCCUCAAACUCAACAGGCACCACAAGCAGCAGCUUACACUGCAAGUGGCGCUGCACCAGUUUGGGUUAAUGCUGCUGGUGGAGCAGUUCCUGAAGGAGCUCUCGUUGGAGGUCAAGAUACCAGUGGAGAAAACCUUAUAGUUGGUAGAGCUCUUCAUGAGGGCGCAAUGAUUCCUGGAAAAGUUGUUGCAUCACAUGGUGUUUGCUAUGUUGCUUGGGGCGGUGGCGAACAUGGUAAAAAUGAAUUCGAAGUAUUGGUUGGAUCCGGUAACUGGGUUACUGGAGCUGGAUCGAAUAUUCCACCAAAUGCUUUGCCUGCUGGUGAAUCUGAAGAUGGUGAACCUCUUUUUGUUGGUCGUGCCCAUCAUGAAGGAACUGUCACCAUUGGAAAAAUCCAACCAUCACAUGGCGUUUGCUACAUCUCAUUUGCUGGACAAGAACUUGGCUUUAGUGAUUUUGAAGUUCUCGUUUAUUAA